GCGGGUGUUGUUAGCGGAAGCAGUCUGGCGGGGUCCCCGGGUGGCUGGCGGAAGGAUGGCUGCCAGAGCUGCCGUGGUGGGUGCGCGGUCCCUGGAGCCCCUUGAUUUUGGCAGUACUGCUGAUAUUAUUAAACUAAUACCUAAGGAUCUAUUUGCUGAGCUAUGUGAGCGAAUUAUUCAGCAUCUUCACUGUCAGAUCCCAGGUGUAAAUACAGUAGAACUAUGCCAGAGAUUUCAAACAGCUGGAGUUGAAAUGAAAGUUGCUGACCUGGCAAAGAUAAUUAAUGUUGUUUCCUUUUUAUUUGGCACAGCGGCCAAAAACAACCUGUCUGCAGAAGAACUCUCCACUGGUCUGGGUAAUGCAAUCAGUAUGCUGCCAAAACAUGCCGUUCAGGUUAUUCGCCAUAUAUGGAAUGAACAGGGUAAAUCUAUCAUUAUGUCAGAAGAUGCUAGAAAUAUGGCAACAGUGGGACAGAUUAUAGAUAUUCAAUGGAAACUGGGAAUGGCAGUGAGCUCUGACAGCUGUAGGUCUCUUAAGUACCCUUACGUUACAAUGACACUAAAAGUGGCAGAGCCUUCGGGCCAGAUAAUGAGCAAGUCUUUUGAAAUGACAAUCCCACAGUUCCAGGACUUCUUCAGACAUUUCAAGGAAAUAGCAGCUGUUCUUGAAACAGUUUAAAUACUUCAAAGACACACUUUACUUGAUCCACAUAAGCCUUCCCAUCUUGCACAAGUAAUUGUGUCAAUGUUUAAGGAAGGUAUGUAUUCUCAUGGUCUUAUCAGAAUAUUUUCCAAUAGCUUCCUUUUUUUUGGAUCACACUGAAAGCUUUUUUUUAUGUAACUUUUCUUCUAAAUAUAUGAAAGAACAAACUCUUGCAAGGUGGCAAUCUGAGUAAAAGUGUAUUUAGCACAAUCUUCUGGCUGAAUAGAGCUACGUAGCUAAGGACAUGUCACAACCUCAGACUUUUCCUACUGUUCAAUAGCGGAAGCUACGUACUGUAUAUAAACUCUGCAAUGUGGAAACACCCAUGAAAAUGCUAACUGAGCAAACUACUGGAAGAAGUGUAAACCCCAUGUUUACACUUUUCUCUAUAAAAUCAUGCCAUUGAUGUGCACAUGGAAUCAAUUAUAUCAUUAGCUAUGUAGAGUACAUAAAAUUACAGUCAGCAAGCAUAUUGUUAGCCAUGAAGAAUAGUGUCCUCACCGAACUGAUAAAUUCGUUAUAUCAAGUAGGUUGGAAGCCUAAUAUUUACUCCCUUUUGUUAAUUAUUGGAGAACAUCUUCCAUCAUUCUAUUAAUAAAUGAUUGUUACUUCAGUGUAAGAUUAGUAUCACUGAAAUAUUUCCAUAAAUCUGGAUUUACCAUCUCCUAUUGCAGUAAAUAUCUCUAGUAACAGAGACCUAAAAACUUCCCUGCACAGAACUAAUAACAUUGACUAAGCAGAAUUUGUAGGGAAGUUUACAUUUUAAAAAAGUGAACAUGUGUUCAAAAAAUACUUUUGAAGCAAAUAGAUACAGUUGAUAGCACAUUAUUUUGUUGCUUAUGUAUGUUCUAUAGUAAAUCCAACUUUAAACUUGUGGCAUUUCCUUAUUAUUCUGAUCAGCAGAUUUUGUUUCCUAAUUAAACUGGAAGCUUGAUGCAGUUGCAUCACUUGGUCUUUUGAACUGGAAAUUCGAAGUCAAGAAAUGGAAACUUAAGGUCAGCCUGAGCUAAACACAUCAUUUACGACAAUAUUAAGAGUCUGACAGUCUCUUAGCUGCAGUACUUUCUCUGGUAGGAGUGCACAGGACUGCAUUGCUGUCUGUCCAGAGACCAGUUGUCCUUGUCAGUCAACAGUAAGAUUCUGACUUAGUGGUUAUCUGUGAUCAAGAAUAAGGGUAACUUCAAAUACGGAAUAAUCCAGGUUUCCAUUUUUGAGUGUCUUCAUAUAAACUGAAUAAUUUAAAAUGGAAGAUUACAACUAAAUAGAAUUAGACAUACUGAAAACAAAAUAUUCUGACAUAAUAAGUAUGCUGCUGGUGUUCAGAUCAGAUCAUGCUUUGCUUGUGCAGUGGAGCAAAUAAGUCCUGUAUGAAAACAGAAUGGAUGAGGGCUAUCUGACUCAGGCUUUGUCUUGAUGAUGAGACUAGAUGAAAAUAGGCUGAGGCAAGCAAUGGGGAAAAAAUUGGCAACAGUCAUCUAUGUGCUACUGACAGAGGGGCUGCAUCCACCAUUUGACCUAGUUUCACAAUAUUGAAGGUGGUUGUAACAAGAGCUGCUUUUAGAAGAUCAAGUAGCAGUGCCAUAUAUAUAAUAUAUAUAUAAAAGCUGCAUCAGAAAGAAGGUGUGUGUGUGUAUAUUCUAUAUAGAAAGAAGAUGUGUGUAUAUAUAUAUAUAUAUAGCUAAAGAGUUCAUGCUCUUCUUUCUGAUGCAGCUUUUGCUAUCGUGAUCCCUGCCUUUUGUCACCUCAGGACAAUAUGUUUGAAAUGCACUCUGUGUUGUGGGUGCACUCUGGAACCAUUCAAACUCAAGGCUGUGCAGUGUGUGUCUGCCCCUUUGAGCAUAAUGUGGGGAGCACAGCACCAAUACUCAGAGUUGCACCGGAUUCCAGAUGAACUGGAAGAUGAUAGGUUUAACCUUUAAAACUAAAUAGUUUAGGACCUGGAACCUUACUUGAGGGACUGUCUGUGCAGUUCAGAUCAGUAGGCGUGCACAAGUGGCACUUGAUUUCUCUGAAAAUGAGAGGAGGCUGCUUGCAGAACAUUCUCUGGGAGAGGGCAUGGCCUCUAGAAUGUACUUCCUUCCUCAUUCUGCCAGAGCCUGGGUGUCUCAGCCUGGGCAUACUACAAAGUCCACUUUUUAUGAGCCUUCAGGGAGAUGGUACAGAGUGUCUCAUCACAUGGUCAGUCAGAGGAUUUCUAGAAGAGCCUAAAUUGGUGCUUGUAAUUAGAACCUAUUUUGUUUUUUUAGGUGACCGCAUUUAAGAGUUUUGGGGACUGUUCUUAGACAUGUGCAUAGGUGACAGAAAAGUAAAAUAAAAAACAAAUAACAAGUUGGACCCCAAAAUUUGUGGUUCGACACUUGAUACUUCAAUUGCUGUUACAAACUCUAGUCAGACUUUGUAUAGCUGAUAAUGUUUGUGCUGACAUUGGAACAUGUGUGGAGAAAAGACACUUUGGUUAUUGAUGCCUUUUUGUCUAGAAACGUUAAACUAGCAUUAAUAGCAGCUUCUUUAAGUGAAGAUUGAGAGUUUUGGUUACCAGUUCUGUUUACCUCUCUUCACAAUAUGGCAGACCUGUGCAGUUGGAGCAAUUUGCAGUAACCCUAUUUCCAGUAGAGACAGGGAAGUGUUAGUACCAUUAUACAAGGCACUGGUGAGACAUCACUGGGAAUACCAUGUGCAAUUCUGGUCUCCCAUGUUUAAGAAAGAGUUGAGUUCAAACUGGAACAG